AUGUCGCACCUCCCCGAGAACCUAAUAACACCACCGCAUUUGACUGGCGCAUCCUGGAAUCCAGCCAUGAGGCCGGAGGACGCGCCGGACGCAUCGGCAACCGAGUCGAUAUCAGAGCCUGCAACGGAACCGCCAUCGCGAACAGACGAAAUAACAGCUGAUGAUAUAGCAGAAGAGAAUAUCGUGCCGGAAGUCUCUUCACAAUCGACAAGUGAGCCCAAUGUUGCUACCGUUUCGACUGAUGAACAUGUCGAACCUCCCGCUACAUCGAAGGAAACACUACCCGAAGAAGGCAAGUCGUUGGAUAUCAACUGGGGCGAAGAAACGGAUGCUACGUGGGAUAUUCAGGCUCAGAACCCUUUCGAAAGAGGAGAUGUAGCCGCUCGGACGAAUUCUUUUCCUCCGGUAGAAAACCCAGAGGAUCCCGUUGACGAGGAAAUUUCUACAGAACAACAGCCUACCGUGCCGCAGAUUCAGGAGGAUUCGCACACCAGCCAAGCAGAAGACACAUUUUUCGCUUCACAGCCGGACGCGGCCCAAAAUAAUAGUGGUAAUAACUUCUGGGAGGCAGAAGCCACAGAUGAUGAAGAGGAAUUUUUCGAUCAGUUGAAAACACAAACCAAACCAAUCUAUGUACCACCAGAAGCUGAGUCGCGGUAUGAAGAGGGUGUCCCUCUCGUUGAGAAUGAGGUGGAUAUUCAACCGGAGGGCGUGAACAAGGGUGAGCCUCAACUUGACGAUGUGUUUGGAGACGACGAUGCCGACGAUUUCUUUGCAUCUACAGCUACGAAAGAUGGUACAACCUCAGAGAAACCGACGGUUCUUCGCAAAAGCACCUACGAUGUUCUUGGGUCGCUCGACAACGGUAUUCCAGAUUCGCCAGUGGGAGAUUCUCCAGCCGCUUUUGAAACGAAAGAAGACGACGAUCUCGCAGCGAGAUGGCAAGCCGAAUUAGACGAUGUUGAAGACAUUCCUGAUACAAAAGAGCCGAAAGAAGAGGAAGAUCUCGCGGCGAGAUGGCAGGCAGAAUUGGACGACGACGAUCUUCUAUUAGAGGAUAAUGCCUUAAAUGGGACUCAAGAAGAGCCCACGUUUUUCACCGGAGAUUCAGCAGGCGACACUCGGUCAGCUCAACUACCUACCCCUUCAAAUUAUACCAAUCCGUAUGCUCCGCAUCAGCCUUCGUCGUCAGAGUUGUUUCAAGGCCUGCCUACCAUUCCUCCCGCUGGAUCUGCUCUGACGGCGCCGCCAUUCGGAAUACCACAGGCCCAACCUGUGAGCGAAACCUCACCAAAAGCACACAGCUUUGUGGACCAAGCGAAAGAUGGAUAUAAAUCGCCUUACGACCUUCCUGAAUCAUUAGCACCGCGGCCACGACGAGCAGCAGCCGUUACUCGUAAAACUGCACCACCCCCUUCAUCGACCGGGAUGCCCCCUCCCCCUCCUCGAAGUAGUAGCAUUCCAACAUCAGUCUCAACUCCUGCUACCAGCUCUAUAUCCUCUGAAACCGGCAUCCCGCCAUCUGCGAGCGGCGCGGUUCCUGUUGCUCAGAACUUCUUUGAAGAGCUACCUGCUCCAGCGCUGAGGCAACGCCCUGCAAGCCGCAGUAGUGUCUAUAAUCCUCAUGCGCCAGCAGUAUCCAAUAUCCCGGUCCCAGUCCCAACCGAGGCAAUGUUACCACCGUCAGCACCUCCUUCGUCUCUACCACCCUCGCAAAUAGCCCCGGAAGUUGCAUACCAGAAUCAGCUUCAAUCUCCCGAGCGCGUUGGUCCGUAUGCUAACCUGGCCGUGCCAACGGCGUCGGCUGGACCGGGCGUUGGUCCUCGGUAUUCACCAAAGCCACCUAGUACUACGAGCAAGUCACCAUUGUCCUCUCGUUACUCACCAGCACCGCCAUCUUCUCAACCGCCAGUGAAUGGGCGAAAUCGUUAUGUGUCCCAGCCUAAUAACCUUGCGUUCCUGCCACGCACGUCAAGCCCGCUCGCUCAUCACGAGAAGACGGCAUAUGAAGCACAGCAACCGCAACAACGACCAUCUACUUCAUCAGGACCGUCUUCUCUGUCUCAUCCCAUUGCUUCAAAUCACACUCGAGGAUCGUUCUCUGUGCCUGCCAAUGAGCUAGCUGGUGACGUAGUUCAACAGUCGCCUUCAGAAAUUCCCGCAGCAGCACCACCGUUCAGUCCCCCUGCAAAUCCAUAUGCUCCCGUUUCUGCCAGCGAGGCGUCUCGACGUUCCUCUACCGAAUCACACUAUCUACCAAACGCAAGCCUCGCUCAACCCAACGUUCUACCGUCCCCGGCAAACGACCUUGGAUUCCCACUCCCACGCAGGUCACAGACACAAUCGCCAGGUAGACAGUCGUUUGGACCACAAUUGGUCAGAACGUCAAUAGAUCCUGUCCAACGACCCGCUUCUGUGCAUGCGCCUAGUUCACCAACCAAAGCCGCCAAUGCUUAUGCUAUCCCACCAGUCACCUCGAGUGUUCGAGAUGCCCCAGAGCUAAACUUUAUACCGCCCACCGACGGGAGGGAAUUGGAUCCCUUGCAACGUUGGAGAGGUGCCCCAGUGUUCAAGUUUGCAUUUGGUGGUCUUGUAUCUUCAUGCUUCCCCCAACAUAUUCCGCGGUAUACUGCUGGCCAGAUGAAUCCCAUGAUUCAACCUGCGCCUGGUGAGCCUAAAGUACGGCAGUUCAAGCAGAUUAUUCCUUCCGAUGGAGAUAUUGUACGGUAUCCUGGUCCUCUCAAGACAAAGUCAAAGAAGAAAGACGUUGUGGCGUGGUUGUCAAGUCGCAUCGCUGCUCUAGAAAACGAGGGUGUUCCAUCCUCACUGGAUCAGGAACCCGAUGUUUUCAAAAGGCACGAUGAGAAAAUUCUCUUAUGGAAGUUGUUGCGAAUAUUGGUUGAGAACGACGGCGUUUUGGAAGGAACUAGCGAGAUUGAGAAGUCAAUCAGAAAUGUCAUAUCACCUGAGCUGGAAUCGACGGAACAAAAUCUUGGAUAUAGCUCUGGGGCUGCGUCAGGGUUCUAUCAACCUACCGAUGGCUCUGUAUCACCGGAACCCGUUUCGUCUAAGGUUUUGGGUCAAAUAAAGACCUAUCUCCUUAGUGGAAACCGUGACAAGGCCGUUUGGCUAGCAGUGGAUAACCGUUUAUGGGGCCAUGCGAUGAUUAUGUCCUCAACUCUGGACAGGACGCUUUGGAAGCAGGUUAUUCAAGAGUUUGUUAGAAGAGAGGUCCGGUCAGCUGGAGACAACAUUGAAUCGCUGGCUGCUUUAUACGCGAUUAUUUCCGGAAACACCGAAGAGAGCAUUGAUGAACUCGUUCCUCCGUCUGCCAGACUCGGACUGCAAAUGGUCAGCAAAGAAGGCCAGGGAAUCAACAAGAAUGCCGUGGAUGGUUUGGAAAGAUGGCGUGAGACUCUAGGUUUGAUUAUCAAUAACCGCAGUCCCGACGACCAUCAGGCACUUUGUGCCAUGGGCCAGUUGUUAGGGUCGUAUGGUCGGACAGAAGCAGCACAUGUUUGCUAUCUGUUUGCUAAAGCGUUCUCGCAACGCUCGAUCUUUGGUGCAGCCGAUGACCCUCAGGCUUCUAUCGUCCUAUUGGGUGUGGACCACCUAAGGUUUCCUACCACGUUCUUCCGUGACGAAGAUGCCAUUGCCUUGACUGAAGUUUACGAAUUCGCAACAUGUGUUUUGGCAGGAAAUACGGCAGCUGUGUUGCCAUAUUUGCAGGCAUACAAGCUGCAGCAUGCCUAUAUACUAGCGGAUAAGGGCUUCAAGAGUGAGGCUAUGCAAUAUUGCGAGGCGAUCGGCAGCGUGCUUAAAGCAUCUACUAAGCCUUCGCCUUACUACCAUCAGCGUCUGUUUGCCGAGAUUGACGAGCUAGCAACACGACUCAAACAAGCUCCUGGUGAUAACACCUCCUCAUGGAUGUCCAAGCCCAGCAUGGAGAAGGUAUCCGGUUCCAUGUGGGCUAGAUUCAGUAGCUUUGUGGCUGGAGAUGAGAGUGAUGCGGCUUCUAAUGGUUCGAACAUGGAUGCCGAUGUUGGGCCUUUUGCAAAGGUGACUGAAGCUGCUACUAUCAGCCGACCUCCAUCAGCAUCUGAGGUGUAUGGAUCAUAUCCGAUGGCUCAACCGGCAUCCAACGCAUUCUCUCGAUAUGCACCUGCCAACCAAAUCGCUCCAAGCUCAUCUCCUGAACAAUACCGCGCGCGUAAUUCGAUGGAAUCUCAACGGUCGCCUUCGAUUGGUGUCACAUAUAACGCAAGACGAGGCUCGCAAGAGCCCGCCACACCGGUGGAAUCUGGUCCAUACAAUUUUGGAUCCAAUACAUAUAGCUCACCAACUUCGUACGCAUACCACUCAACUCCGCCACAAACUUCUUACGUGCCACUUGCCCCUGUUGAAGAGGAUCUAGCUACGCAGGCACAACAAGCUUACCCAGCGGCCCCCCAGCACUCAGCUUUGACCAGUGGAUUGCAGGCUUCACCGGAGCGAUUCGGUCAGCCCCUUGAUGAGGUGAAAGAGACAUCAUCACUGGCUGAAAUCCCGCAUUAUGGUGGUUACGAGCCACCGGCUAUGUCUUCCUAUGAACCGCCCUCAUACCAGCCGGAUUUGGGAAUGUCUACUGAUGGGCCUGGACAGGAAGACGAAGAGGAUGAACCCGAGAAGCCUAAGAAGAAAUCCUUCAUGGAUGAUGAGGACGAGGAUGAUCUGGCCGCUCGAGCAGCAGCAGUCCAAAAGGCUGAAAAGGCUCGCCGUGACCGAGAGGCGGACGACGCAGUUCGAAAAGCCGCCGAAGCAGAUGCACAGCGACCUCCAGCUGCUAAGAAAGGCUGGUUCGGCGGCUGGUGGGGCGGCAAGAAAGAAGGCGAAUCAUCCGGCGGACCUAUUCGCGCCAAACUGGGUGAAGAAAACUCCUUCUACUACGACCCCGAACUCAAGAAAUGGGUCAACAAGAAAGACCCCAAUAGCGCAACAGCCUCAGCCCGAGCCACACCGCCACCUCCCAAGGGCCCGGGCCCACAAAGUCGCUCGGUCAGUGUCGGUAGCGCAUCCUCUGGACCACCUGUGCUCCAACGACCACCAUCCAUAUCACAACUAGGUACUACUCCAGAUAGUCGUCCAUCAACAGGUCCGGGCGCAUCGCCAUUAGGCACAAGCCCAGCACUUGGAUCAGGACCUACGCCAAACGGACUCUCACCUCGUUCUGUAUCCGCUACUGCCGCUAGUACCCCAGGAGGUCCAAGUCUGGGUCCUUCAAUGCAACCACCUCCACCGAGGCCAUCGACAACGUCUCUGAGCAACGCCAAUUCAAUUGACGAUCUUCUCGGAGCACCGGCGCCACGUAAAGGCGGUACUGUCAAGAGUAAGAAGAAGGGUAGAGGAUAUGUUGACGUUAUGGCGAAAUGA